GGCGCCGCUCUCCGCCAAUCAGCGAGCAGAGCUGGGAGGGGGCGUGGCCAGCCCGCCUUCCUGCUCCGGUGCCGGCGGAGGACGCGGCUGCCGGUCCGCGGCCACCCCAGCGGGAGCUGCCGGGGCUGAGGCAGAGCAGAGGGACCCUCGGGACCACCCAGGACUGAGCAGAGGGACCCCCGGGAGCAGCCAGGACCGAUCAGAGGGACCCCCGGGACCACCCAGGACUGAGCACAGGGACCCUCGGGACCACCCAGAACCCGAGCACAGGGACCCUCGGAACCACCCAGGACUGAGCAGAGGGAUCCCCGGGACCACCCAGAACCCGAGCACAGGGACCCCCGGGACCACCCAGGACUGAGCACAGGGACCCCCGGGACCGCUCAGGACUGAGCAGAGGGACCCCCAGGAACAGCCAGGACCGAGCAGGAGCAGAGGGACCCCCGGGAGCAGCCAGGACUGAGCAGAGAGACCCCCAGGAGCAGCCAGGACCGAGCAGGAGCAGAGAGACCCCCGGGACCACCCAGAACCCGAGCAGAGAGACCCCCGGGAGCAGACAGGACCGAGCAGGAGCAGAGAGACCCCCGGGAGCAGCCAGGACUGAGCAGAGGGACCCCCGGGAGCAGCCAGCACCGAGCAGGAGCAGAGGGACCCCCGGGUCCUGUGCUGCAGGCAGCAUGGCGCAGUGGCAGGAGGUGCAGAGCUUGGCCAACACUUACCUGGAGCAGGUGCACCAGCUGUACGCGGGCUCGGCGCUGCCCAUGGCCGUGCGGCAGUCCUUGGCCGCCUGGAUCGAGAGCCAGAACUGGCGCCAGGCGGCGGAGCCGCUCUGCUCGCAGGCUCGGAUGCUGUUCCACUCCUUACUGGUGGUACUGGGAGAGCGCCUGGGCAGCCUGGGCUCGGACCGCGAGGAUUUCAUGCUGAAGCACAACCUGCGCAAGGCGCACCGCGACCUCCAGGCCGAGUUCGAGGAGAAGCCGGAGACAUUCGCCAACCUGGUGGCCAACCUGCUGCAGGAGGAGCGGCGGAUCCUGCGGCUGGGGCAGGCGGGGGAGCAGGAGGGUUCGGCCCCCGCGCCCAGCCCGGCCCCGGAGAGCGGCCGGGAGCAGCAGAUCCAGCAGCGCUUGGGUGACUUCCACAGGGCCCUGCAGGAAGCCGAACGAGCCUUCAGGCACCUGGAGGAUUUGCAGGAUGCCUUUGACUUCUGCUUCAAGGUGCACUACCGGCCAGAUGGGGAGAGGAACAGCGACCCCGAGUACAUCCAAGAGCUGAAAUCCCUCCAGGACAAACUGCAGAACUUGCACCGGCAGCGGCAGGAGGUGCUGGCUCUGAUGCAGCAGCUCCUGAGGCGCAGCGAGACCCUGCAGGAGCUGCUGCAGCAGGAGUUGGGGGGCUGGCGGGCGCGGCAGCAGCGCCAGUGCUUGGGGGGCCCCGGCGACACCAACCUGCGCCCGCUGGAGACCUGGUUCACGGAGCUGGGCCAGGGGCUGUUCCAGCUGCGGCAGCUGCUGCGGGCGCUGGGUGAGCUGCGACAAAAGGUGACCUACGCCAGGGACCCGCUGGUGACAGAGACGCCCCUGCUGGAGCAGCGGCUGCAGGAGCAGCUCACGCACCUUCUCAGGAGCGCCUUCGUGGUGGAGCAGCAGCCCAGCACCCCCAACGCCGCCAAGCGCCCGUUGGUGCUGCGCACCGCCGGCAAGUUCAGCACCCGCGCCCGGCUGCUGGUGCGGCUGCACGACCGCAACCACCGCAUGGAGGCCCGGAUCCACAUCGACAGGGACCCGCCCAACAUCCGAGGGUUCCGCCGGUUCAACAUCCUGACAUCGAGCAGCAAAACGCUCCUGGCCGGGGACAGUCCCCAGGAGGGGCUGAUCUGCGACUUCCAGUACCUCACGCUGAAGGAGCAGAAGGACAGCAGGGCCGGCAAGGGCAAGGGCGGCGGCGGCGAGGGUCCCCUGGUCGUGACAGAGGAGCUGCACCUCAUCACCUUCACGCUGGCUUACGCCUACUGCGGGCUGGAGCUGGAGCUGGAGGCCACCACGCUGCCCUUCGUCAUCAUCUCCAACAACAACCAGUUCUCCAGCGCCUGGGCCUCCAUCCUCUGGUUCAACAUGCUCAGCUCGGACCCCAAGGCCCAGCAGUUCUUCUCGUCACCGCCACCGGCCCCGUGGCCCCGGCUGGCCGAGGUGCUGAGCUGGCAGUUCCAGAGCGUGGCCGAGCGGGGCCUCAGCCGGGACAACCUCCUGAUGCUGGCCAAGAAACUCUUGGGCUCGAAGCCGUCACUGGACAGCACCGUGGCCUGGCCCAAGUUCUCAAAGGACAGCGGCUCCGGUUUCUCCUUCUGGGCCUGGCUGGACGGGAUCCUGGGGCUGCUCCAGGAGCACCUGAAGCAGCUCUGGAAGAAGGGACUCAUCCUGGGCUUCGUGAGCCACAAGCAGAAGGAGAAACUGCUCAAGUGCAAACGGUCGGGGACGUUCCUGCUGCGCUUCAGCGAGACCGUCCUGGGCGGCGUCACCUUCACGUGGGUGGAGCACCCCGAGACGGGACCCCCCAUUUUCCACGCCGUGGAGCCCUACACGGCCUCGGAGCUGGUGUCGCUGGCGCUGCCCGACAUCAUCCGGGACUACCACAUGAGCAUGGAGGAGAAGAAUCCAGAGAACCCCCUCAAGUUCCUGUACCCCAACAUCGCCCGCGACGAGGCUUUCGGGCCCUUCUACAGCCAGAGGCUGGAGGGGAACCUGAGUGAUUCGCAGAAAUACCUGAACCGGCGCCUCAUCCGCGUGUCCUCCAGGCCACCCAACCGGCGGCAGACAGAGGAGGAGCUGGUGGUGGCCACGCAGGACCUGCAGAUGCUGCAGCUGCAGCCCCGAGGGCAGGGGACACAGCAGCCUGGUGGCCUGCCAUGGCCACAGCCCUUGGGGACACUGCAGGUCACCCCUGGGAACCUGGGGACCCCUCAGGGGGUGACCAUGACCCCGGGGACACUGCAGGUCACCCCUGGGAACGUGGGGACCCCUCAGGGGGUGACCAUGACCCCGGGGACACUGCAGCCCAGGGGCUUGGGGAUGCUGCAACCACAGCCCCAAAGCCUGGAGCCACCACAGGUGGCAUCAGGGGUCCCCAACUUCCAGGGGACACUGCAAGUGGCCCCAGGGGCUGUGGGGACCGUGCAGGUGCUGCCUGGGGGGCUGCGGGGGGACUCGGGGACACUGCUGGGGACAGUGGCCGUGAGCUCGGGGACACUGCCAGCGGAGCAGGGGACACUGCCAGCGGAGCUGAGGGACCUGGAGCUGCUGCCGGGGGGUCGGGACAUGCAGGAGCUGCUGCAGUCGCUGCAGGAGCUGGAGCCGGGCCUGGAGGCGGCGGGGCUGAUGCCAGACGUGGUGCCAACCUUGGAGGAGAGUUUCCAGCUGAGCCCCGGCAGCGCCGCGCUCCUGGACCAGCACGACCCGUUCCUGCCGCAGCCCGAGGACUCGGUCCUGCCCAUCGUCCCCUCCCUCUUCACCGACUUCCCCCCGCUCCACAUCGACCCCAGCGACUUCCAGUGACCCCUCCCCGCUCCUUGUCCCUUCCAGUGACCCCUCCCCGCUCCUUGUCCCUUCCAGUGACCCCUCCCCGCUCCCUUUCCCUUCCAGUGACCCCUCCCCGCUCCCUUUCCCUUCCAGGGACCCCUCCCCACUCCCUUUCCCUUCCAGGGACCCCUCCCCGCUCCCUUUCCCUUCCAGGGACCCCUCCCCUCUCCUUUUCCCUUCCAGUGACCCCUCCCCGCUCCUUUUCCCUUCCAGGACCCCCUCCCCUGUAAAUAAAUCCCCUUCCCACCGCCCCCCGCACGCAGGAGCCGCUCGCUCGUCUCUGUCAGACCUUUAUUAGAAACCUAUAAAUAACGAUAAAUAAAGAAAUCAUAAAUAAA